AUGAACACGGUAGGAGCCGAUUGCCUUUUCAACGAGGCCCAACAUGUUCUGAAUCGGGAGGAGCAUGAGGCUGAGGUUCAGAACCUCUUUGAGAAGAGUGACACCUACAAACUUCUUAGUGAGAAGCUUCGAGCAGAUUUGGCAACGGCACGGGAUGAGCAUGCCGAGAAGGCUGAGCAGGCCCGACAGAGGUUCGAACAAAUCGGACGGCUCCAAAAGCAGGUGGAUGCGAUACAGGCCGAGGAGGUAGAAUGCAAAAAGAAUAUGGACAUUCUAGCCUCGAAAAAAGAGAUCGUCCAAGCUCAACUGGAGUCGGCCGAGACCCAGCUCCAAGUUGCAAAAGAGAACGCCUCGGUGCAGAUCGAGAAGAUCAAGGAGCUUCAGCAUCGGUUGGAUUUGGCCGUUUCUGAUAAGGCAAGCUUGGCUGAUGAACUCGAAGUGGCCAGAUCCGAGGUGGCCAUAGCCCGAUCUGAGGUGCCCGAGGCCAACAAAAGAGCUGAUGCUAAAGUGGCCCAGUUUAGGGUCGAUGUUCGAAGGGAAGCCCUCGAAGGGGUUCAGGCCCAGAGCUUCGAUAUGAUGGAUGAGAUUGAAAAGGCCAGAGUGGAGGAAACCAUGGCCCGGAAGCUAGCCUUUCCCGAGGAAGACUCCGAGAGUUCAAGUGAAUUCGAAGACAGAGAAGAUUCAGAGGAUGAAGAUGUGACCCCCGAUGAAGACCGAGCCUCUUAG